GCCUGGCAUCAUGGCUGCCAUUGCGCUGAAGCCCCUCAUCGCCGUGUGCCAGCUCACCUCCACGCCCGACAAGGAGCAGAACUUCGCCAGCUGCUCACAGCUCAUCCAGGAGGCAGCGCACCGUGGCGCCUGCAUCGUCUUCCUCCCCGAGGCCUUCGACUUCAUCGGCAGCGACAUGCAAGAGACCCUGAGCCUGGCCGAGAGCCUGGAGGGGGCCCAGAUUCAGCGCUACGCUGGCCUGGCCAGGGAGUGUGGAGUGUGGCUGUCUCUGGGUGGCUUCCACGAGAGAGGCGAGGACUGGGCCAGCACCCGGAGGAUUUAUAACUCUCACCUGCUCCUGGACCCCACAGGGCACGUCGUGGCCACGUACAGGAAGACCCACCUCUGCGACGUGGAGCUGGAAGGGCGAGUGUCUAUGAAGGAGAGCAAGUUCACCAACCCCGGGCCUGAGAUUGUGCCGCCCGUCAGCACCCCUGCUGGGAAGGUUGGCCUUGCCAUCUGCUAUGACCUGCGUUUCCCAGAAAUCUCUCUGGCGCUAACCCAGGAGGGGGCAGAGAUUCUCACCUACCCAUCAGCCUUCACGGUGACCACAGGCUCCGCCCACUGGGAGGUGCUGCUGCGAGCCCGCGCCAUCGAGACCCAGUGCUACGUGGUGGCAGCAGCUCAGACCGGGAAGAACCACGAGCGCCGCACCUCCUACGGCCACGCCAUGGUGGUGGACCCCUGGGGCUCCGUGAUCGCCCAGUGCCAGGAGGGGCCGGGCCUGUGCUACGCGGAGAUCGACCUGGGCUACCUGCGCCGCAUCCGCCGGGAGAUGCCGGUCUGCACCCACCGGCGGGCCGAUCUGUACGGCAGGGUCACUAUGCUGAAGAAACCCCCGCCUCCCUGAGGGGCUCUCCCCACCCUGGAAAAUCCACCACUGCCAGCCAAGCCCUGCAACGCUCCGUGAUCAGGGAGCAGAGACCCCUCCCGAUAUCACCUCCCCACCCCACACGGACCCAGUGAUCAGUCACUGAUUCAUUUAGCAAUAGGAUGACUGGCUGAGCUGGCCAGAGGGCUCUCCAGGGUGUGCUGAGCAGAGGCGCCCUCUGGGGGACAGCAUGGAACUGCAGCACAAUUCCUGCUCCAGGCCCUAGCGAAAACAGAGCAUUUCCCAGGGGUGAAGGGAGCAGCUCCCGCUGAGCCUCCGGCUUCUCCAGGCAGCCGUGACCGUCGGCCCCCAGGCAGCCACCCCGUGGAAGGAGCGUUCGCAGUGGGCUCCCGCGGCUGAGCAGGUAGAGGGAGGAAGCGGAAGUGAGGCAGCUGCUGGUAACCCCGGCUCAGCGGAGAGGUUCCUGAGGCUGAGCUUUUUGUCACAGCUCAGUUCCCCUCUCAGCAACCGCUCGAGUGUACCAGCUCCUGAGGGGUCCUGCCUGCUGC